ACAAAAUUAAUGAGGCUGAUAACACGCGUUGACGCUAGAAGUUGACGUUUGUUUACGACUUACGAUUGUUGGAUACGCAAGCUCUAUCCAGAUAAAUUGUAGUAGAUCUAUAGGAGUUGAAAGAAGUAGUAAAAAUGGUGAGAAAGAAAAUAGACAACAGAAUUCGUCUCAUGAUAGAAAAUGCUGUAGGGACACGCCAUAGAUCCAUGUUUGUUAUUGUAGGUGACCAGGGUAAAGACCAGGUGGUCAUUCUACAUCAUAUGCUCAGCAAGGCAGAACUGAAAGCAAGGCCAUCAGUCUUAUGGUGCUACAAAAAAGAGUUGGGAUUUAGCAGCCACCCUAAAAAGAGGAUGAAAGAAUUACAAAAGAAAAUUAAAACUGGGCAAUUAAAUGUAAAAGGAGAUGACCCAUUUGAUUUAUUCAUUUCAUCAACAAACAUUCGCUACUGUUACUAUGCAGAGACCCACAAGAUACUUGGAAACACCUAUGGCAUGUGUGUUUUACAGGACUUUGAAGCUUUGACCCCCAACUUGUUAGCCAGAACUGUAGAAACUGUUGAAGGUGGUGGCAUUGUUGUCAUUUUGCUACGUACCAUGUCCUCAUUGAAGCAACUUUUUACCAUGACUAUGGAUGUUCACUCAAGGUUUCGAACAGAGGCUCAUCAGGAUGUUGUGGGUCGCUUCAAUGAGAGGUUUCUCUUAUCGCUGGCUUCUUGUGAAAAUUGUGUUGUUGUUGAUGACAAGCUACACCUUAUUCCAAUCUCCACACAUGCUUUAAACAUAGAAGCGAUGCCAGCUAAAUCAUUGGAUGAAGCCUCCCCAAAUGAAACUGAAUUGGCUGAGUUGAAACAAUCAAUUCAAGAAAUGGAUGUUACGACAGGAAAGAUAAUUAAGCUGUGUCGGACUUUGGAUCAGGCUCAAGGCUUUCUGAAAUUUGUGGAUUCUAUAGUAGAAAAGACUUUACGUAGCACAGUUGUAAUGACAGCAGCAAGAGGCAGAGGAAAGUCUGCGGCUCUUGGUUUAGCUAUGGCUGCGGCUAUUGGAUUUGGCUAUUCUAAUGUUUUUGUCACUGCUCCAAGUCCUGAAAAUCUCAAAACUUUGUUUGAGUUCAUAUUUAAAGGCUUUGAUGCAAUGGAAUAUCAGGAACACAUUGACUAUGAGAUAAUUCAGUCUACCAAUCCAGAAUUUAACAAAGCUGUUGUCAGGGUUAACAUUUUCAGAGACCACAGACAAACCAUCCAGUAUAUCCAUCCUGCUGAUUCCCACAAACUAGGCCAGGCUGAGUUGGUGUGUAUUGAUGAAGCAGCUGCCAUCCCUCUGCCCCUCGUCAAGAAUUUGCUGGGUCCUUAUCUGGUCUUUAUGUCUUCUACAAUUAAUGGUUAUGAGGGAACUGGCAGAUCCCUGUCUCUAAAACUGGUCCAGCAGCUGAGGCAGCAGUCAACCACGUAUGGUGGCAGUGUUAAAGAAGCCAGGCUGGCAGCAAACAUGGCCAAAAAAGGAGCAGACACGUCAGCAUCAGGUCGAGUACUUCAUGAGAUUGAGCUGAAAGAGUCUAUACGAUAUGCCAAUGGGGACCCAGUAGAGGCAUGGCUCAACAGAUUGCUGUGUCUGGAUGCCAGCUCUGUGCCCAGGUCAAUAACUGGCUGCCCUCUACCUGCCACUUGUGACCUUUACUAUGUGAACAGAGACACCUUGUUCUCUUACCACCCUGCCUCAGAGAAGUUUCUGCACAGGGUUAUGGCAUUGUAUGUUUCCUCACAUUACAAGAACUCCCCAAAUGACCUUCAGCUUUUAUCAGAUGCUCCAGCCCAUCACAUCUUUGUGUUGCUUGGCCCUGUACAGCCCUCACAAGGAGGACUACCUGAAGUCUUGUGUGUUUUACAGGUUUGUCUGGAGGGUGAAAUAUCAAAAUCUACCAUCAUGAACAGUUUACAGCGAGGCAAGCGAGCAUCUGGGGAUCUCAUACCAUGGACAGUCUCGCAGCAGUACCAAGACCACGACUUUCCUGGGUUGUCUGGUGCCAGAGUUGUGAGAAUAGCAACACAUCCAGACUACCAAGGGAUGGGAUAUGGCUCCAGGGCUUUAAACCAGCUCCAAGAAUAUUUUGAAGGGAAGUUCCCUAACCUUAAAGAAACUAAUGAAGAAAAUAUGUCAAGUGAAAGUGAAGAUGAAAUUAAAGAAGUUGCUGAAGAGGAGUUAGAUCUUCUUAAUGAGCAGAUUCAGCCAAGAAAGAAACUGCCACCCCUUCUGGUGAAGUUAACAGAGAGAAGACCAGAAAGUCUUGACUAUUUAGGAGUUUCUUUUGGUCUGACUUCAGAUCUCUUCAGGUUUUGGAAGAAAGCAGGUUAUAUUCCAGUCUAUAUGAGACAAACUUCUAAUGAGCUGACUGGAGAACACUCCUGCAUCAUGUUAAAAACUUUAAAUACUUCAGAAGAAACAAGACAAACAUGGUUGGCAGCUUUUUGGAAAGAUUUUCGAAAGAGAUUUGUAGCACUUUUGGCAUAUCAGUUUCGAGCAUUCAAUCCAGCUACAGCGUUAAAUAUUCUCCAGAAUAAAAAUUUGAAAACAAAAGAAGCAAAUCCACUGAGCCAAUCUGAACUUUUGAUGUACUUCACAACAUAUGACAUUCAGAGGUUGGAGUUGUACUCCACCAAUAUGGUGGACUACCAUCUUAUUGUUGACUUGUUACCGGAACUGAGCAGACUUUUCUUCACAGAACGCAUCAACAUUCACCUCAGUGUGGUGCAGUGUAGUAUUCUGUUAUCGCUGGGUCUGCAACAUAAAACAGUUGAGGAAAUAGAGAAAGACAUAGAGCUGCCCGCUAAUCAGAUUUUAGCUUUGUUCAACAGAACUAUCAGAAAAUUUGUACAGCAUUUUAAUGAAAUUUUAGAAAAAGAAGUUGAAGCAUCCAUUGGAGAGAAGAAAGAAAUUGUGAUGGAUCCAUUGAAGAACACAAUGGACCAAGAAUUGAAAGAAGCUGGGAAAGAAUUCAAAGAGCAACACAAAAAGGAUGUUGCCAGCUUGAUUGGGGCAGACCUUUCACAAUAUGCUAUUAAAGGAUCAGAGUGUGAUUGGAAAGAUGCACUAAAAGGGGCUGGGAAAUCAAUAAUCAGUGUUAAAAGCCACUUAAACCAGAAACGUAAGCUAGUUCAAGAUGCUGAAGCUGAAACUAAACCUGGUAAAAAGAACAAGAAGAAGCAUAAAAAGAUGUCAUUGUAAAUUUCUGUGAUUAAAAAAAUUUUUUAUCAUUCGGCUUGUAAAUAAAAAGUCAAUUUUAAAUUUGAUAGAUCUACUUUUAUUUGUAAACAAGAACCAAUUUGAGAAGAAUUUGUGCAGCAAAAAGCCAGUACAUGGAUGGAUAAGAGACAAUUUUUCUUCUAACAACUUCAUGUCAAAGCCUAAUCUCACUAUGUUGACAUCUAUCAUUUUGUGAAAAAGUAUAAUCCAGAUUUUCCUAUUCAAAGAACAUAAAAAAAAGACUAUACACCCAUGAUUAUGUUGAGACUAGUAAAUCUAAGAUACAUUUAAAAAAAAAAAAAAA